GGCCGCCGCGCGCGAUACCGGCGACGUCGACGAUGUCAUCCCCCGCCGCGCUGGUGGGUCCCGCUCCUCCCGCGCGCUCCGUCCGCGCGCUUCGCGCGGACCGAUGCUUCCUCGUCCCGGUCGCGUUCAGCGGGCUGGACAAGGAGCCCGUGGAGAUCGGGGGCGUGGAGGUGGUGAUAGAAAACAUCUUAAACGACGACGCGGGGGACAAGAUGGAGGCGCUGAAAGCGAAAUACCCCGGGUUGAUCGCGGUCGAUUACACCCUCCCCGCGGCGGUGAACGCGAACGCGGCGUUCUACGUGAAGCACGGCGUGCCGUUCGUCAUGGGGACCACCGGCGGCGACCGCGAGAAGCUUCUGGCGGACGCGAAAGAUGCGAAACAUUUCGCCGUCAUCGCGCCGCAGAUGGGAAAGCAAGUCGUCGCGUUCCAGGCUGCGAUGAAGACCAUGGCGGACAACUUCCCCGGCGCGUUCAGCGGGUACACGCUCUCCGUGACGGAGUCGCACCAGAGCUCGAAAGUGGACACGAGCGGCACGGCCAAGGCGAUCGUGGAGUCGUUCAACGCACUCGGGUGCGGGUUCGACAUCGCCGACGCGACGCUCGUCCGCGACGUCCCGACGCAGCUCGCGCCGGUGCCGCAGGGGAUGGGCGUGCCGGAAGAGCACCUCCUCGGGCACGCGUUCCACACGUACAAGCUGGUCUCCGCGGACGGCACCGUCGCGUUCGAGUUCCAGCACAACGUGUGCGGGAGAAGCAUUUACGCGGAGGGCACCGUAGACGCGGCUUUGUUUUUACGGGACCGCGUUGAGGCGGGGGCGGGAGAGAAGACCGUGUACGACAUGAUCGACGUCUUGCGCGAGGGCGGCAUGGUCACGAACUGAAGUGAUGCCGUGCGCGACGAAGAGUCGCCGCGGUCUUUGGUUUGGUUUUUGGUUUUAACCUUAAUCUUCUACGG